GGAAACAGUAGAGAGUCGCUCAUAAUGGCAAGAACCAAGCAGACCGCUCGUAAGUCCACCGGUGGCAAAGCGCCCAGGAAGCAGCUGGCCACAAAAGCUGCCCGCAAAAGCGCUCCCGCAACCGGCGGCGUGAAGAAGCCUCACCGUUACAGGCCCGGCACCGUGGCUCUCAGGGAGAUCCGUCGCUACCAGAAGUCCACCGAGCUGCUCAUCCGCAAGCUGCCCUUCCAGCGCCUCGUCAGGGAGAUCGCCCAGGACUUCAAGACCGACCUGCGCUUCCAGAGCUCCGCCGUCAUGGCCCUGCAGGAGGCCAGCGAGGCCUACCUGGUCGGCCUCUUCGAGGACACCAACCUCUGCGCCAUCCACGCCAAGAGGGUCACCAUCAUGCCCAAAGACAUCCAGCUGGCCCGCCGUAUCCGCGGAGAGAGGGCUUAAGCUCCAUCACAUCUUACAACACAACGGCUCUUUUAAGAGCCACACACUUCUUUCCUAAAAGCACUCUUCCUCCGCUACGACAAUGCUCUAUGUAGAUCAAGAACUGCUGCUUAAACCACCAGCAAAUAUUAUCACGUUCUCAAGCUACACAUCCUCUAGUGCAGCUCAAUGUUCG